AUGUCAAUCAAGGCGGAACAGGAGGUUGAAUCGAGCAUCUGGUCGUCGAUGAGUAUGUCGAGCAAGGAUGAGUCGCUUAUCGGUGGGAUGUCACGACAGCAACGCGUUGCCGGGUUUCUGAUGCUGUUGCUUGGCGCGAUGAUUUUCUUUGCACUGGAGGUGGCUCUGUUUAUGGUUCCUGGGAUGUUCUUCCUGAGGCCCCGAAAAUUUGCCCUCUUGCACAGUUUAGGCAGUCUGUGUGGUAUUUUCAGUGUAUCCAUGCUGAUGGGUCCUAUGGCCCAUUUCAAGUCUCUGAUAUCUCCAGACCGACUGGCGUUCACCGUGAGCUUCUUCGGAAUGCUGGCUGGAACGGUCUACUUUGCACUCAACAAAGAGAGCAUCCUUACUGUGCUGUGCAUGGGCGGCCAGGUUGGCAGUCUCGUGUGGUACUUGGUUGGCAGUAUCCCUGGGGGAACUACGGGUCUAUGGAUCAUGGUCAAACUCUCAAUGCGCUCCGCAAAUUCUGUCGCCAGAACGAUGUUGCCGCUAUAGAUUGGUCGCUUCAAUAGUUUGUUAUCACCAUUGCAACGACUUUAUUACACCCGAGCAUCAAUAGCACGGAUAUCGAACUUCGGACGGAUAUCGGAAGGAUAGCUUCCGGUGUCAUUGGCAUUUGAGAGAAAAAGUUGCAGCCCUCGUUUUCCCAAUGUGUGCGCCUCGGUCUGGGUUCGGGGAGGAUGGAUCUGGCUUUUGGUAGAUGUAUUGAAGCACUGCUUCUAAAAGUUUGAUAGUAGCCCUUCCCUAUGCUGAUCAUGUGACUACGAAUAUGAGUGCACAACUCCGGCCCAUCGAUGGAGUGUGUGGCUGAAUUAGAGGAACUACAAGGCACGAUUUGACACGUCAACCACCCAAUCCGAGAGAUUUCAUCGUCUUUACUCCGCCCGGACGCGCUUCCUUCACCUAGAAUUUCAUAGUCGUAAAAUCGCAUUGGCUAUAGAGAAUCCCUAUCUGAACAGCUUGUAUCAAUGAUCGAUAUAUGGAUUGCUUCAUCACCCUGGAUAGAAGAACAUCUGCCGGUCAUAGCGAAC